UGCACAGGUUAUCUCAAAAACAACUUCACUCACUCCUCGAAACACUUCGUAAGUCAACGUACCUAAAGUUUACAUCUCUGCUCUACUCCGAACAAGGUGGUCUGCAGCAGCCAUGCCCAGUAAACUUGAAGGAGCCAUGGAUGCGCUCAUCACGGUCUUCUACAACUACUCAGGGAAUGAAGGAGACAAAUACAAACUCAACAAAGGAGAGCUGAAGGAACUUCUGAACAGUGAGCUCACCGACUUCCUCAUGUCGCAGAAGGACCCCAAUCUGGUGGAAAAGAUCAUGAACGAUCUGGAUUCCAACAGGGAUAAUGAGGUGGACUUCAAUGAGUUUGUUGUGUUGGUGGCCGCACUGACGGUGGCGUGCAAUGACUUCUUUCAGGAACAACAGAAGAAGAAGGCACGGGAUGGCAAAUAAUACUGAUACAUGAAAUACUCCAGUACCUGCAUGUGUGAUGCUGUAUUAAAACAUUUGUUAAUGAUUAUGGCCUGUUAGCAGCUUUAUUGUAAUCAUCACUACGAUUUGUUGUUUCUUUUCCUAAAGCUCAUUUAUUAUUAAAUAACAUUUUUUUGAUAAUUAACAACAGCAUUAUUUCUGAAAUUAAAAGGAUGUACUUUUCACAAACCGAAUUAAGCUUUGUUAAAUAUGCAUUUAGGACUGUAUUGUUUUGUAAAUCUGAAUUGCUUUUGACCUCUGACCCUCUGUGCUUCUCUUUCUCUCACAUUAAAUAAUUAAAUUUAGAUGUUGUGAAAUUUAUUUUGUUCGCUGAAUAUGUUUGAAACAGAGUAC